CAUGCCUAAUUAUAGUUUUUACAGAGUUCGCAAACAUGGGAAUUCCCAAUGUCUAUGCGAGAACAAGUGUUGUUGUUUUUUUGUUUCAUGCGCAAAGUUUGCUCUACAACUUCAAAUGGUGAUUAACAAUGUUUCUUUCAGAAUUUUGAAGGUAUCAGAAAUAACUAGUUGUAUUUAGUUGAAGUAGUCACUCUCGCUGUUCUUAUUUACUAUGCGAUGUGGUGGCGCCUUGUUUAAGAAUGGUUACCAGUUUCUAAGAGGCAAAACUAUAUGUCAGUUCAAAUGCUGUUAUCGGGAAAGUAAAAAUAAUAUUUCAACAACUUUUGACGGAUAUAACUUGGAAACGAACAGUUUUGCUUACUGUUAUCCGGACAGCCAUUGAUGUCAUUCCGAGUAAACAACAAGUCGUGUACGUGAAUCAAUCAUGAUGCGUGCUCGCUACGCAUAGGUAAUUAAUGGUUUUCGACACGCUUCUCUUGUUCCUCAUUACGUCAUUCGCUCAAACGUAACCGAGGCAGACGGGUGCACAAGACGCCGAACGGACGCUAUGAUUGAGUUUUCGGACAAGCGACGUGUGCGUAUGCUCCUGUGGAAAAGGGCUUCUACAGCCUGAAGAAACAAGUCAACGACUCACCGUGUUGUGUAGAGCGGCACAGUUGCUAGAUCAUGUCUUUGUCUUUAAUAUUUUGCAGCAGUGGGUGGAUAUGUGCCAGUGUCUGCAUCGUGACCUAUCUCCUGAACUACGGCCUCGCCUCUCCCGUGGUUCGUAUACAUGCAGGAUCUGUGACGGGAAAACAAAUACAAACCGAUUAUGGGGAUGUCGACGCUUUCCUCGGGAUCCCGUACGCGCAGCCACCAGUCGGGAACCUUCGUCUGUCUAGGCCGCGACCUGCUGAAGCCUGGAAUGGAACCUACGCUGCGACCAAGUUUCCUGCUCCAUGUUUUCAACCAGACCAGGUAUUCAACGACGACGCGCGGCUAAACUAUUCUUCGUCUUCUGAAGACUGCCUCUACAUUAACGUCUGGCGGCCAGCAAGCGCCUGCAUCAACGAUUCGGUUUGCGAGACUACGGAGCUUCCUGUACUGGUGUUUCUGCACGGCGGAGGCUUCCAAUUCGGGGAUUCCGGACUGCGCAUAUACGACGGCACAAACUUCGUGGCACGGACGAACGUCGUCUUCGUUAGUCUAAACUACCGCGUGUACUUUUACGGGUUCCUCUCUGCAGAACGUCCAGCUCUUCCGGGAAACAUGGGCCUCUGGGACCAGCUCAUGGCUCUCAAGUGGGUGAAACGCAACAUACGUCGUUUCGGCGGCAACGAGCGAGACGUGACGCUCAGUGGUCACAGCGCGGGCGCAAUAGCGGCCGGCUUGCACGCCCUUUCGCCACAAAGCCGGGGCCUCUUCAGGAGGCUGCUGCUGCAGAGCGGCACUCCGCUCACGAUGAUCGUCGCGCUCUCGUACAGCGGAAUCACUAAGUUCGUGAACACUGCGGUCACGCUAGGCUGCUACGACACUGGCCUAAGUCUGGACGCGCAGAUUGGCAACGUCGUUGGCUGCCUCAAGCGCCUGGACCACGUCUCGAUCCGCACCAGAAUGGCGGCGGUGAACAUCAAGCGUCAAAUGUUUCUUCCGGUGUACGGCGACGACAUGCUGCCUUUCCACCCGCUGGAUGAGAAGAACAUGGAUAUACACGUCAGAGAGGUGUUUCUCGGGACUGUGGGGGACGAAGGGACCUUCAUCGUGUACGCGCUUCGUGCCGCCAUGCCUUACCUAAUGCAUUUCUUCGAUCUCGACUACAGGCUGGCCGUGACGCUAGGUCUCAAGUUUGCGUUCGACAUCCCCACACACACGGGAAAGAGCAUCGUGCGAGCCUACUUUGGAGAUUACAGCGUCUCCAACGACGACGGUACGAUUGUGGAUAUUCUAUCCGAGUUGAUAGGCGACGCCGCGUUUGUCUGCCCCACGAACCUGUUCGCCACGAAGGCGGCAGAGCAAGGCGCCCAGACGUACCGCUACCUGUUCGCAUACAAGCCUUCGUACAGCUUCUGGCCCGACUGGGCUGGCAUCGCUCACGGGUGCGAGUUGCCGCUGACCAUGGGAUCGCUGGGGUCGUUCAAGAGCGAGCCUCGAUUCACUUCGCCCAGUGGAAAGUACGGGGACGAAAUGAGGAACGGAAAGGCUUCGCAGGAGGAUAAAAUGUUCAUGGAAGAGCUGCUGCAAAUAUGGUCCGCCUUCAUUAGGGAUGGGAAGCCAAAGAUUCCACUGUCGAACGCUGAGUGGCCCAAGUACUCGGCCGAGAACCCGGAGUUCGUGUACCUGCAGCCCAACAACUACACCCGAGGCUUUGGUCCCAAGAAGGAACGUUGUGAAUACUGGAGACCAUUCCUACUCAAGCAGAGCGCAGGCGUAUCGACUGAGAAGACGUCACGGUGGUCCGAGCCGUCGUCCACGGACCCGUCGCCACCCGCCAAGCCAACACGACCUGCUGUGCAGUAUACGGCUACCAAGAGUGACCUCAGACUGGAGCUGUACUCUAGCUCGUACAUUCCAGAGCCGUCUACCGUGCUGUUCACUUUCUUCGCCUUCAUCAUCUGGAUUUGCAUGGCGUAGUUAUAUCCCGAUAGUAGUUAUAUUUCUCGAUAAGUACCAGAGUCUAGAAUCAUCGUUCAUCACUGAGGCAAUCAACUCACUUUUUUUUGGUAUAUUUGUAAGAGUGAGAAAAUAAUGAGAUGACGGCAGGGGGGCCAACUUGCAAAACAAAAAUAAGUACAACUGUUUGUACUGUAUAAUGCAUAGCGACCUUCGUGUAGCGACUUCAUAGACAUUAUUAGGUAGUGCGUGGAUGCUUGGUUCAAACAUUUCAGAAUGCGAAAGUUUUCGUCAUCACGCAGCUUUCGCCUACUUUUGUACACAUAGAAAAUGUAGUUCACUUUGUCUUCUUUAGUAACUUACAGAAGUAGGGGCAGCUGCGUGACAGCGAUGUUCGUCUUUGGCGCUGUUUCAUCAUGAAAAAAUUUACGGUAAUAAGGCAGGUGGUCAGCAGAGAGAAAACGAUUGAGAGCGAAAGAAAGGCAGAGAGGCUGUCCAGUCUGAUACCCUUCACGUGGGGGAGUGAAAGAGAUAGAGAGAAAGUGAGUACGAAAGUUCCAGAUUAUGGCACGCGCACUUGAGGCACAGCGAUUCUACAGUCGAGCAGAGGCCCAGCUUCUCAUCACCCAGAAAAGCAUGUGAGUGCUUCUUCAAUCAGUAUUCAGUAGGAAUAUUACCUAGCAUGAUUACAGAAGCACUCAACACUUUUUGGAGAGAUAGUCCAUUGUGAAUGUUGUAGUCGGAGGCCAGCCAUUUCCAUCAAUGUCUUCUUCGUAUUUAGUGGUUUGUUAUGGAGUGUCUCAUAACGUGUCAUUUUUAUGCUUGCAGCAGCUUCUUUAUAGCAAUAGACACAAAUACUACCACGGACAUACGUAAAGGUAACGCUUUAUAUCAGAAGUAAAUAUGUGAUCCUAAGAUAGGUUGCAUGCCUAGCCACUGAGGUGUGCUUCUCUCCUUAGACUUUCUCAGAAUGAAGGUACAUGCAAAUUAUAUGUUACAUAGGCAGUUCUGAAAAAUUUACGCAGUGUUUAUUUAAGAGAUUAAAAUUUCGUCUUAUUUUAAUAGCGUUAACAAUCUAAUCCGAUUGAAAGCAGGUAUUGCGAUAAUGGCAGCCAAAAGUGGCACAAACUAGAUUGUUCCUCUUCGUAUUUUUUUUUUUUUUUUGCUUUCGAGACGCUAUCACCGAUCUAGUGAGAGAUUUCCAGAGUGUUCUGAGUCAAAUCGGCGCCGUGCUAUUUCGCUUUCAAGGUGCUGGAAAAGCGCUCUCCAAAUGAACGGAGCAGAGUGCGCGCUUGGUGCAAGUCUCCGCACAUGCUUCGCGAAAUUAUUGUUCUACCUGCUUGGCGACACCUCGGGGUGCAUCGUUGGAUAACCUUGCGACAUAACUUGCUCUGCUGAGAUCUAAGGGGUCUCUUCUCUUUGUCACAUCAAGGAGCGACGCAAGGAAAUAUCGAGGACUGCCUUUUUCGACGCCUACCCCUCCCAGAAUAUGGGCAUUUAUGGCCGUGAAAUUCAUGUUGCCUACUACGCUGCACAAAUGAGCUCUCUGAUAACCUAUUCUGGCGAAUUUUUCUCCAUUACAGCUGUAACAAAAGUCUAAAGUAUUGGUCUGGGAUCCCAGCGGUCUUUGCUAUUUUAGCUCUCUGAAAUUUAUAUCUGCCGCUAUCGCCUUUAUUAGGUGGGGCUCGCAUAGAUGACUCACGCGUCGGAGUCUUAGAUGUUUGCUCUGCUAAGGAUGCUAUGUCGACUCUGUUGAAAUAUAACGAUUGCAACGCUGCAUGGUCGCAGGUAGCAGUUAGGGUGGGUGCUACAGCGACUCCCCGCUUAGUGAACCAAUUAUGAUUGCGACAGACAUCGCACUUUCAAGACGAUAUCCCGGUGGUCAUUCCUAGGGGAGUACAUAGUAGAAAUGUUGUCUCAGAUGUUCCUAAACGCAUUUCAGUAGUUGUUUGUUCCAAUUAGUUUUACCUGGUCCAAUGAUGAAUUAGGCAGGAUCAAAAAUUCGUUGUCUAAUCUUCCCGUCUCCGCAGAGACAGACACAGAAAUACGUGGAAUGCCUUGGCCCGACCAUGCCACUGAGCACGUGGAGGCUGACUAUACAAUAAUGUCGACAUCCGGCCUCAUACUGAGCUCACAGUACUAAAGAACUGUACACGGUGAGAAAAAGGUUUGCUCCGAAGCACCACACGUGCGUCAAUGUCCUUACCUGCAUGGCCCAACAGAUGUGGCCCCAUAAAAUUCAGCUAAAGAAUAUACAUCGUUGGACAAAUGCUGUGCUACAUGGUCUUUCCAAUAGACGGCGGAUUUAGCAAAGCCAAUAUGAGAGUUGCUCAUUCAUGCUUCUCAUUGCUUUCCCAUUUGUGCCGUGAGACUUGCGCGAAUUUACAAUGUAUCAUAUUUUGUAAAUAAAACACUUUUCCUUCGUUUUGUCUAGGAAUAA